AUGCAAACGCUUCUUGUGGAGGCGCCUGAGAACGGCGGGCCUUUGGAUAGCGUUUUCUCUAUCGUUACCCUUCCCAACCUGCGAUACCUCUCUCUGGACACCAUCUAUGCCCGACCUCGUGAUGACUGGCCUUUCCUCGAUUCCAGCGUUCUGCUCGACUUUUUGGGCCGUAUUCGAGAUGGUCGACUGGAGUCCCUUGAUUUGGAAGCCUACGGCAUGGACGAGUCCACGCUCGUUGCUUGCCUCUGCCUACCCCAAAUGUCGGCUGUCACUAGGCUCUAUGUGGGUUUACGCUCCUGCAAUAUCACUGAGCGGACGAUCUCGCUCCUCACGCCCGAUGGAAAGGGAACACCUUUGCUACCGCGCUUGAGGGUUAUGUGUCUCCGAUAUUGCAUGACCAAGCAAGAUGGUUGGGUGGCGAAGAUGUUGCGGAUGCGUGAUGCGUAUGGUACUGGCAUUGCUCAUGCCGAGGUACUGUUCGAACAUGACAGUGAUAACGAACACUGGCACUGGCAUGAACAGGAUGAGGAGGCUCUGAAGGCCCACAAAGAACCCACAUAA